CACUGCACAAACAGCUAACAUCGCCACUGACUGAGCGCUGAGCGCCACCAUCCAUCCAUCUAGCAGCCGAGCACACUCAUUUCUAUUUUCGUGUGUUUUUGACAGGUUCUCUACUGUGUGCAAAUUAAAAAAAUUGUGUAUUUCCAUUUUUUUUUAAUUUUCCACAUUUUAUAAUAAUCGCGCUAGCAGUAGUAGAAUCAAAAUCCUGCUCUGCGCCUGUGAAUCGAAUCGAAUCCUGUGAUUGUGACCACCAAACAAGAACAAAAAAAAAAAAAAAACCAAACCAAUCAUCAUCAAAAGAACACGCCAAUUUGUAAUAAAGAAAAAAAGAACAUAUUUUUUUCUAAUUAAAAAAGGAAGAAAGAAAAAAAGUCGAAUAAGAAGAAAACUGCCUCUUGUUUUUGUUCACCUCAUCGUCGUCGUCGAUUCGACGAUCAUUUACUUUUUUUUUUUGUUUCUUUCUUAUUUUUGUUUGGCCAGGCCAAAGCCUUCUCCAUAUUCUUAAAGACAGUGGUGCGGCGCGGCGGUGACAGCAUUUAGUCUGCAUUUCAAGUUGACACAAAGAAGGCAGGCAGAAAGAAAACAACAUCACCACUUAUUUACAUUACGUAAAAUGGAUGUGGUAGAAGCCGACCCACUAAUAGAAGCUAUGGAUACUCAAGAAAUCGAAUAUGCCGUUGAUGAACAACAACAACAGCAGCAGCAGCAGCAAUCCUUGGCUAAACUUAAAGAUUCUGAUGAAAAUGAUCCAAAAUGUGAUCAAUUCCGAGCGGAAGCAACAUUUUCAUUUGUUGUCAAUAACAUCUCUUCACUGAAAACGACAAUUCUAUCCCCACCCACAUAUGUUCGUAUGCUGCCAUGGAAGAUCAUGGUCUUGCCCAUUGAACGUUCUAUGGGAUUCUUUUUGCAAUGCAAUGGAGAGAAUGAUUCAACAGCUUGGUCAUGUAAUGCUAUAGCUGAGUUAAGGUUAAAAUGCUUUAAGCCAAAUACUCCUCCUUUUACUCGAGCUAGGAUAAAGCAUUUGUUUUAUAACAAAGAAAAUGACUAUGGUUAUUCGAAUUUUAUAACUUGGGCUGAUUUGCAGGAUCCCGAGAAGGCUUAUGUUCGAAAUGAUUCGAUUGUGCUGGAAGUUCAUGUGAUUGCAGAUGCUCCACAUGGUGUUUUGUGGGAUUCGAAGAAGCAUACAGGUUGUGUGGGUUUGAAGAAUCAAGGAGCCACUUGUUAUAUGAAUUCGUUGUUGCAAACGCUCUAUUUUACCAAUCAGUUGCGUGCAGCUGUUUAUAAGAUACCAACUGAGGCGGAUGAUAGUGCAAAGUCAGUUGGAUUGUCAUUGCAGAGAGUGUUCCAUGACUUGCAGUUUGGCGAUAAGCCAGUGGGCACAAAGAAACUGACCAAGAGUUUUGGUUGGGAGACAUUAGAUUCCUUUAUGCAACAUGAUGUUCAGGAAUUUUUACGUGUUCUGCUGGAUAAGUUGGAAUCGAAGAUGAAGGGAACCUGUUUGGAGGGAACAAUUCCUAGUUUGUUUGAAGGAAAAAUGUCAUCAUAUAUAAAAUGCAAAAAUGUUGAAUACAAUAGUACUCGUUAUGAGACUUUUUAUGACAUUCAAUUGAAUAUCAAAGAUAAGAAGAACAUUUAUGAUUCCUUCCUAGAUUAUAUAGCAUCAGAGACCCUAGAGGGAGAUAAUAAAUAUGAUGCAGGAGUUUAUGGUCUACAAGAAGCAAGCAAAGGUGUUAUAUUCACUUCGUUUCCUCCGGUUUUGCAUUUACAUUUAAUGCGUUUUCAAUAUGAUCCUAUUACGGAUAGCUCGAUCAAGUAUAAUGAUCGUUUUGAAUUCUAUGAGCAAAUCAAUUUAGAUCGUUAUUUAGCUGAAAAGCAAGAAACUCCAGCAGAUUAUGUAUUACAUGCAGUUUUGGUUCAUUCGGGAGAUAAUCAUGGUGGACAUUAUGUGGUUUUUAUCAAUCCAAAGGCAGAUGGUAAAUGGUUUAAAUUUGACGAUGAUGUGGUCUCAAGUUGUCGCAAGACAGAGGCUAUUGAUCAGAAUUACGGUGGUAUGGAUGAGGAAAUAUCAUUCCAUGCUAAAUGCAGCAAUGCUUAUAUGUUGGUUUAUAUUCGUGCAUCAGAAUUGCCGAAAGUUUUGGCUGAAAUUCCAGGUGAUGAGAUACCCAGUGAGCUGGUUGAACGUUUGAAUAUUGAGAAGAAUAUCGAAACGGCACGUCGUAAGGAGCGAGCUGAAGCUAAUCUCUAUGUUACUGUUCAGGUUAUUUUGGAAGAGUACUUUGAAUCGCAACAAAAACGUAAACUCUUCGAUUUGGAGAAAGUACAUCCACGAAUUUUCAAACUCAAACAAAACCAAACUAUCGACGAUUUGGUUGAAAUGUUUUGUCGAACAUUUGGUGUGGACAAGGACCGUAUGCGUAUUUGGUCAUUGGCUUCAUCUCAUUUACAAAAAUUCACAUAUAUUGAUUUUAAUCGUGAGGGUAAUCGCACCAUAGACUAUGUGGCCAAUUCGCAAAAGCCAUGGAAUAUAUUCCUAGAACUGGCAUCGCCAGAUUCUCCCGAUCCGUUGCUGCCAUUUAAUCCGAAGCGCGAAGUAUUGAUUUUCUACAAAUACUAUGAUGCAACGAAUAAGCGCCUUAAUUACAUUGGUUGCAGUCAAGAGGAUCUACGGCGACGAUUGAUUGAAAUCAUACCCGGAAUUAAUGCUAGUUUGGGUUUCGAACCGGGUACUGAGUUAACAGUUUAUGAUGAGUCUAGCCAAAAGAAGAUUUUAAAUUUGGAAGAAACUCUGGAAGAGGUAUUGCAAAUAUCACAAGAUAAUUUGCAAGAAUACAUAUUGAUUUUUGAAAAAGAACAUGUUGGCUUGAAGUUGGAGCUACCAACUGUGGAUGAUUACUUCAAGGAUUUACUAUAUCGUGUUGAGAUAACAUUUUGUGAUAAAUGUAACCCUAAUGAUCCGGAAUUUGUGCUGGAGCUAUCGAAUCGUAAUACAUAUGAUCAGAUGGCACAGGCAGUUGCGGAACGCCUUAAUACCGAUCCGAAUAAAUUGCAGUUCUUUACAUGUAAUCACAGUUAUAAGGAUGCUCCGGGGAAUGCUAUUCCUUAUACACACAAGGGUAUAAUAAAAGAUCUAAUCUUAUACAGCAAAGCAGCCCCCAAAAAGAUUUUCUAUCAAAGACUGUCCUUGAGUAUACACGAGCUUGAUAACAAGCGUCAAUUCAAAUGCAUUUGGGUAUCAAAUGAUUUAAGAGAAGAAAAGGAACUUGUCCUUUAUCCAAAUAAAAAUGAAACCGUCAAAAGUCUCCUCGACGAAGCGGCCAAGAAAAUCCAAUUUCCCGAAAAUAGUCGAAAGAAAUUGCGCCUUAUGAAAAUGGGAAGUCACAAAAUAAUGUGCGUAUUCAAAGAGGAUGUUCCAUUAGAGAAUUUACAAAAGGGAAGCGAAACAGUCUCCAGUCAGAACAAUCAAAAAACGUUCCGCAUUGAAGAAGUUCCACUUGAAGACACCCAAUUAGCUGAAAAUGAAAUGCUUAUACCAGUUUCGCAUUUCAGUAAGGAAAUUUACAAUUCAUUUGGAGUUCCGUUCCUUAUUAAGUGUAAGCACAAUGAAACCUAUGGAGCAUUGAAGCAGCGAAUCCAGAAACGCCUCAACGUGCCAGAAAAAGAAUGGGAGAGCUAUAAAUUUGUUGUCAUUUCGAAUGGUUCCAUAACUGAUGUGGUCGAUAGUAACCUAAUCGAUUUGGAUGUAUUCCGACCAAAUGGAACAACACAGGCGACUGUUGUUGGUGGGACACCACUGCCCUUCUUUGGCCUUGAUCACAUUAAUAAGUCCCGCAAGAGAACCUCUUUGAAUUUCUCUGAAAAGGCUAUUAAAAUUUAUAAUUGAAAAGUUGAAAGAUAAAACAUAAAAAAAAAAAACAAAACAAAAUAAUAACAAAUAAACAGAACACUGAUUUGCUUAUUGAAACUUAUUGAAUAUCAAAAUGAAACAAAAUAAAAAAUUGCAAAUAAAAAAAAAAAAUUCAAAAUUUUAAAAAUAAAACUCGAAAAAAAAAAUUAAAAUAAAUUUGUUGUACAUCUUUGGAGCACCCGAAUGAGAUAAAUAAAAAUGUUCCCAGUCUUGUUUUCUGCCGUAGGUACAUGUAAAUAUGUGUAUUGUGUUUCUGUUACGUUUUUUUUACGUUUCGCGUUUUGUUUUUUUAAUUUGCCGUUAAAUUUUAUUAUACUAUAUUUUCUUAACAACCACACAACUAUAUUAUGCGAAAGAGAAGUAAAAUUAUAAUAAUUGAGGAAAUUCAUAAUUUAAAAAUAAAAAAUAAUCAUAUUCAAAACUGAAGCAAUUUUAA